CAUGAAUAUCAAAAUUAUGAUCAUGUAUCUGAUGAAUGGCAUAUACAUUUAAGUAAGCAUAGAACAUUGUCCUUUUGAAAGAAGUAGGCCUAGACAAUCGCCUUUGGUAAUUGCUAUACGAAACUGACUAAUCAUUCUAACUGUUAAUAAUGAGGAUAUUCUUCUCUAUACAGUGUAAACAUUAGAUUAUUAACAGUUGUUAAGUCUGGGAAAUAUACUGUGGACAGCAUUUUCUGAAGUGAUUAUAAUUAAACAUAAAUUUGAACCACCGUACUGCUGAAGUCAUCAUCAUAAAUCUGACAAAGUACCUUUAGUCAGUGCUCUACUUUUGGAUGUGUCACUUUAGAGAUGAAGAAAAAAACCUAAAACAUUUGUGCCUUCUUUUUCCAAAAGGCAUUUUAGUAAAAUUUCAUAACUAGAAAGGUUUAAUAAUAACCAAAAGAUGGCAGUGUAUAUUGAUUUAAAAGUAGAAGGUGGGCCAUCUCUAAAAACUCAUAUAUGUUGGCAUAAGAUACAAACAAUUCUUGCUGUUGCAUCAUAUGAUCAAGAAAAAGGUGGAACUAUAAAUUUAUAUCAAGAGGAUGGGUCACCUUUAGUUUCAGACAUAUAUUCUAAACCAGGAGUGCCUGUAACAUCAAUUUUAUGGCACCCAGUUAGAAAAAUUCUUGCUAUUGGAUGGGAAAAUGGUGAUCUGUGUGUAUGGAAUGAUCACGAUCAAGAACAACGUGAUGCUGAAACUCAACAUAAGAAAGCUGUUGCUGUGAUGAAAUGGAGUGAAAAUGGUACCAGAUUGGUUACUGCUGAUGCUGUUGGAACUUGCAUUGGUUGGAAGGUUGACUCUAGAGGUGAGAUUUCUACUGUCUUUCAUCAUGAGUUGAAAGACUAUUUGACAGAUAUAGUUUUUCAGCAAUAUCCAGAGGAAAAUAUUGAACAUGAAAUAAGUAAGCUUGCUAAAGCUGCUGUAAGUGGAGAUGAAAAAGCCUUAAACCUUUUUUCAUCUUGGUCUUCACCUCCUAUUAAAGAAGGAAAAACUCGUAACAGAAUGUCUUUUGCACGAAAAGAGUCUUAUGACUUCUUUGUAGGCUCUGUAUCAGGAACCAUUUACUAUGUUACAGAAAAUGGCAGCUGUAGUGAUGUUUUGCAUUGUAACAUAGCUAUUCGCCAGUUACUGUACUAUGAUCAGAAGGACAUUCUGGUCGUAGUAACUGAUAACUUAACACAGUACAAAGUAGGGGAAGAAGGAGCACUCACUGAGCAUGCAAGGGUAAAGCUAAGUGGCCGAACAUCGGAGAUUAGUGUUGCUUGGGUAGAUGAUGGGCUUCUUGCAAUGAGUACUGGGGAACGAGUUCUUCGUUUGUUAAAUGUGGACAACAAUGAUAGUACAGUUUUAUCCAUGGAUAGCCAAAAGGAUUUCAAGGAACAUACAGAGGUUAUAACUUGCAUAUCGUGUGAAAAAACCAAACAAAUUAUAGCAGGAGGGACUAGUCAUGGAAAUAUUGUAACGUGGAAAUAUGCAGGAUCAUCUAGGGGAGGGGAGACUGCAAAUGAAGAUAUGUGGAAAUUCCAAGCAGCUGCAUCUGUUCAGGGUGCUGUAAAAUCUGUAAAGUGGGGAUCAAUGAAAAAAUUAUUGAGUGUGAUAACAACAACUGAUAUUUACAUACUCAAUCAACAAGAAUUAUGUUGGAGUCUCAGAGACCAAGUUGCAGCUAUUCAGGUAUCAGCUCGCGAGCUUUUGAUUGAACUUGUAGAGAAAGAUUGUCAUAUUGAACUAAAAACUGAUAUUCAUAUAAAAUCUGUAAUUGUGAGCUGGAGUCAUGUAGCAGUUUCAACAGGAAAACGGAUACUGUUCUAUGAACUGGAUGCUGAUCAAAAAUCUGCAAAAUAUAUAGGAGCAUUUGAUUCAACAUCUCAAGCUUUAACUUUACAUGAACAGAGUGCAUACAUUAUAGAAAAUGGAAAAGUGGAGGUUAAGACUUUUCAAGGUACAACAAAACAAAGUUUAAUUUUUACCGAGGAAGAAGGUAUCCCUGUUAGCAUAGAUUUAUGUGGCACUUACCUCGUUGUUGGCACUUCUUCUGGAUAUGUGAAAAUGUGGGAUGUUAAUCGUAGAGAACCAAGGCCACAUGCUGGCCCCAAAUCAUUAGCAUCAGUAUUAAAGGAUAAUGGCCAGAUAAGUUCUAUAAAAUGUAAUAGCAAAGGUGACAAAGUAAGCAUGAUUGUUUGCAGAGCAACUAUUAAAGGGAAAAUUUUUCCAGAUCCUAUUUUAUAUGUUUGGGAUUUAGAAAGUGAUUCUUUGUUAUAUUUUGACUUUGCUCAUGGAAAAGGAGAAGAGGAUGAUAACAGUCCUCAGUCUGCUGGAAUUAAUACGUCUCCCACUCGAAAAGCACAUGCAGAUAUGGCCAAAAGAGUAUGUGGACGUUUUCCAACCUCUCAUUUUUGGGACUCUGAAGAUUCUAGAUUCCUUGUUUGUGAAGCUAGCCUGUUACCAUUAGGCAACCCCAGCAAAAAUGGAAGUAGUUUGUCACAAUCUGGCUUAUUAAAAAACAAUACUCAUCAACUUAUGACUGAAAUUGAAGAAAAACCUGAAAUUCUAGUUGUUUCAAUGUUUGUAACGUCAGAACAAGGACUUUUGAUUCAAGACAGUUUUUCUCUAAAUUUAAGUCAGCAGUUAAUGGGAGUGAGUGUUCCAUAUUUUUAUCUUUUGGAAGAAAGUUCAGAAAAUAAUGUAACAGAUGAGUCUAGUAGUAACAUGACUUCACUUGGACAGAGAUAUCAAAGAGCUGAUUUAACUCAAAAUCUAUCUAAAAAGAAGGAAUAUUCCAGUUCAAUCAUAAGACAGUCGAUGCGCGACUUUGUUGGUCUAGAAAAAAGUGACAAAGCCACUAAAAAAGCUAUUAUGACUUUUAGUUUCUUCCUAGCCACUGGAAAUAUGGAUGAAGCAUUUAAAGCUAUCAAAGUGAUAAAAAACGAAUCUGUGUGGGAAAACAUGGCUUGUAUGUGUGUAAAGACUAAACGUUUAGACGUAGCUAGUGUGUGUUUGGGUAAAAUGGGCCAUGCAAGAGGAGCAAAAGCACUGCGAGAAGCUGUUGUCGAACCAGAGCUUGAUGCCCAGGUUGCCAUUCUUGCAGUCCAUUUAGGAAUGCUAGAAGAAGCAGAACAUUUGUUAAAAUCUUGCAGACGUUAUGACUUACUGAGUAAAUUGUAUCAAGAUAGUGGUCAGUGGGGAAAAGCUUUGGAAGUUGCUGAACAUAAUGACAGGGUGCAUCUGAGGACCACCUACUACAAUUAUGCUCAACAUUUGGAAGCUAAAGGUGAUAUUACAGCAGCUAUUCCGCUGUAUGAAAAAUCAGAAACUCAUCACUUUGAAGUACCGAGAAUGCUUUUUGAAGAACCUCGAGCUCUUGAAGCCUACAUCUUAAAAAGUAAAGACAAAGAACUCGUUAGAUGGUGGGCUCAGUACAUGGAGAGUAUUGGAGAGAUGGAGACAGCUCUUCAUUUUUAUGAAGCUGCACAAGACUAUUUGUCACUGGUGAGGGUUUAUUGUUACUGUAAUAAUUUGGAAAAAGCAGCAGAAAUAGCUAAUGAAACUGGAAAUAGAGCAGCAUGUUUCCAUUUGGGAAGACAGUUUGAAAACCAAGACAACAUUAAGGAAGCUGUUAACUUCUUUUCAAGGGCUCGAGCAUAUAACAAUGCCAUUCGUAUUUGUAAAGAAAAUAACUUUGAAGAUCAUCUUCUGAAUUUAGCUUUAAUGAGUGGAUCUCAAGAAAUGGCAGAGGUUGCAAGAUAUUAUGAAGAAAAGCCUGGUCAACAAGAUAAAGCAGUGAUGCUUUAUCAUAAAGCAGGUUAUGUGACAAAAGCUGUUGAACUUGCUUUUAAAACAAAGGAAUUUAAUGCUUUACAGUCAAUUGCUAGUGAUUUGAACUCAAACUCAGAUCCCCAGCUCUUACAUCAGUGUGCCCAGUUCUUCAUGGAAAAUGGACAGUAUGAGAAAGCUGUUGAUCUUCUUGCUAUUGGUAGGAAAUACUUGGAAGCUUUGGAUUUGUGCGUGGAACAUAAUGUUGCUAUCACAGAAGAUUUAGCAGAAAAACUUACUAUGCCCAAAGAGGAAGGGGACAUUCAGUUAAGAACCAGAGUUCUGGAGAAGAUAGGAGAAUGCUGUAUGGUUCAAGAAAAUUACCAUUUAGCAGCCAAAAAGUUCACUCAGGCAGGUAAAAGAGCUCAGGCAAUGAAAGCUUUACUAAAGUCUGGAGAUACAGAGAAAAUUGUCUUUUUUGCUGGAGUUUCCCGUCAGAAGGAAAUUUAUGUCAUGGCUGCAAAUUAUCUACAAUCUCUUGACUGGAGACAAGAUCCAGAAAUUAUGAAAAACAUUAUAGGAUUUUACACAAAAGGCAAAGCUCUGGAUUUACUAGCUGGGUUUUAUGAUGCUUGUUCUCAAGUAGAAAUUGAUGAGUACCAGAAUUAUGAAAAAGCUCUUGGUGCACUCAAUGAAGCAUAUAAAUGUUUGACCAAAGCUCAGUCAGGUGGUGCUAAUGGUCCCCAAAUAGAAGCCAAACUGGCACAGAUGAAACUAAGGAUGGAACUAGUCAAGAGGUUUGUGCAAGCAAGAAGAUUAUAUAGGGAGAGUCCAGAGGAAUCCCUUCAACAGUGUAAAGCCUUACUGGAAGAAGAAGGUAUUGAACUGGCCAUACGUCGUGGAGAUAUCUAUGGGUAUCUUGUGGAACACCUUGCAGAAAAAGGAGAUUAUAAAACAGCUCAUAGUCUUAUUGAAGAGAUGCAAGUUAACAUACCGGGAGUCAAUUUACCAUACUAUAUAAGUGUGGAGACCUUGAAGGCUAUCUAUAAAGCUUUAGACAUUCAGCCAGGUGGUUCAUCCCAUCUUUUUGGGGGAAAACUGAAGAAUGGACGUAUUGAAAAUGGAGCUGCUGAAGUUGAGGAGUCUGAAGAAGAGGUUGAAGAGGAUUUUCAAGAAGAGAAUGGAUAUUAAUACUCUUUUCUUAACUUUGAUAAGAAAAUAUCAUAAUAAAUUAUGGAACUAUGUCCAUUGUCAGAUGAUUUUUUUUUCAUGAUUGAAAAAUUAAUUAUCCAAGGUUAAAUCACCUCCAAAAAAAUAAAAGGAGUAAAAUAUGACUAAUUCUUUAAAAGGAGUAGAAUGCUUGGUUCAGUUACUUAAGACUUAAGAUAACACUGGAUAUAUUAUUUAAAUGUGUAAUCAAUAACUUAUAAAACUCAAAUCUUUUGUGCACUUAUCUUCUGGCAAAAAAUGUUGAUAAUUGUAAUCUAAGUAAUGCUGCGAGCUCAUUUUAUUUAAUCAUCAGUGUAUUAGUAUUUACUUUUUUUAAAUGUUACUUCUGUAGGAUGUUUGUUGUUAAUAUAAGGUUACUGCACAUGUACAAUGUAAGAUAAAUCAGAUGUAGAUAUUUGUUGCAUUGCUAACUCAGAAAAGUUUUGACUUGCGUGUAGAUAAAAGUUUGUAAUAAUUAAGUGGCACAUUGUUAGAACUGUAAAUAUUACAGUAUUUUUUUUAGAUAAAUAAAAUAAGGAAAUACAGUUUGUAGAGACACCAUUAAGACUACAAAAGGAAAAAAAAGUAUUGACAUUCCUAAAACAAGGCUUACACCAAAUUACUACAUUUUUAAAAUUGCUUUUCUGAUUAAUAGAUAGUGAGUUACUAGUCUAGAAUCUUGUAAUUUUUGGCGUAACAGGUAUUGGUUAUAAUUUAUGGAAAAGUUCUAUACAGAAAAGCUGUGACACCAGAGUCCUCAAACGAGAGGUAUAGUUUAUGAAAUUUCAUUUGGUCACAGUGAAUCAUAUUUGUUUUUUUUAGAAUAUAUUAAUUUUCAUCAAAGAAGAACUAUUAUUUGAAGUAAUGGUUAGAAUGUUUUCUCAUUGAAUGCAAACCCAUUAAUUAGUAUUUUUUAUACCUUCAUUGACUGAUUAGAUCAGGGAUUCUGAAACUGUGGUACGUAGAGCUAAUGUCGGUGAUACAUGACACAAUUAAUAUAAAAACUCAUAAAAUUUCUAAUAAGCCCUAUCUGAGCUUUCCACGUACAUGUACAUACUACUCUCCUCACUUAUAGACUCACUCUCUACUUACAUAGACUCGCCAGUAUUUUCUUCCCUUAAACUUGACAAAAAUAGUACCACGUAUUAUUCAAUCAUGCUAGAAAAAACAAUGGGUAAAAUGUUAAAAAUAUGAUUGUUUUUGUUACUAGGUUUUUAUCUUUUUUUUAAUUAGGCCUGGGUUUGUAAUUUUAAAAAAUUAAACAAAAAAGUGGUACACGAGCCUGAACCAUUUAAGAACCAUUGGACUAGAUUGACUUAUAAAUUUUUUUACAUUAAUUUUGAAAAAGUUUUUUUUUUAACUAGACAGAAUCAUAAAAUAUGGUUCCAUGCAGAAAAAAGAUACUAAGAAACUUUAUGGUACUAUCUACUGAAAAAUGUAAUUUUAACUAUUAUUCUGCAACAAAAUAUUUCAGAAGAAAUUAAGUUAUAAAAUUCAUUUAAAGAUAAAACUGGUAUCAACUGUCAAAGUUUCUACUUUUUGCUUGAAAGAAUAAAAAUAUAAAAAUUUGUUACUUUUCCCCAUAGAAUU